CUCAUUCAUCUUGGAUGAUGAAUGUAGAAAGACUGGAACUCUGUGAAGUUCGUAUCUGAAGCCUGGUUAACCACUGAAAAAAAUUAAGUUUCAUGUUUUUAAUUCUAAUUCCCCUUUGAUUUAUCCUUCUGCAGUUAAAAUUGGAUUGCUUUAUGUCAUAUCUCGUUUUGGUCGGAGUUUGAUGUCAUCUCUAUUUAUUCAGAUUGGUAUAUGUAUAUGAGUAUAUCAGUUGGUGCCUCUGGUGCACUUUUUGGUUAAGUAGGAACCAUGCUUUCAGAGUUUAUCACUAACUGGACAAUAUAUGCAAAGAAGAUACAUUAUUUAUUUUCACCUCUGUAUUUCGCUAUAUUGGUGGCUAUAACAUCUUACAGUUUCAGAUUUCUACAUGCAGUUUGCAGCAUUGUUGACUCUCAUUUUCAUCAUCAUGCUAAAUUUAGCUGUUUGGAUGCCUCCCACAUGUUGACAGCUUUGCUCGUAUUCGGGGAUUUCUUUCUGGGUUUUCUUGGAUUUGUAUUUCUAAUUUGGCUGCAGUAUGGAUUUACCAGCAAGAAAAAAACUUCUUCCAGGAUAUACUGGACCUUUACCUAAACAUAAACCCAAGCUAUAUCAGUAUCUACUGUGGAGUCUUUCCCCAACCCUUUUACUUGUUGGGUAAGUUUUUUGAAUCUUCUUCUUAUGUUUGAAGUAAAAUAACCUUUUUAUACAAGAUAUAAGGCCACCUUUGACAUUGAGUUUUCAUGACUUAAAUAGUCUAGGACAUAUUUAAAGUAAGUACUUUGAGUAUGAGUAUGAUACAAAAAACUGACUGCAUCCUCUCAAGCUACUUGACUAUUGCAGCCAUUAAUUGGCUGUUAACUAUAACCUAAAUUGCUCCAUUUGUCUGUGUACAAGGGAGCAGUGAUCAUUUGUUUGUUCAUCUAAAAUUAUUCAGAGGAGAUGUGCUUUGCGUUGGUGAUGCAAUUUUUGUCCAUAGCAGUGAUUAUUGAUUCAUCUAAGAUUAUGAUCAUAUUAUCCGGGAAACUAUAGAGAACAUUGGUUUUUAUCCUUGAACAGAUAUAUAGUUAUCCAAUAUUAUUAUCAUCAUUUAUCAUUUCUUCUGCAACAAUUUCCUUCUUCAAUUUUCUGGUAAUUUUUCACCUUUUCGGUAUCUUAAUUGGAUGCAGAUGCAAAAGACUCAGACCCGCUGUGCUCUGUUUUGGGCCAUAGAAGAAGGAUCUUUGGCCCUUUUGAAUAUAAUGGGGGCUUAAUUCAAUUUUUAGUCUAUUAACUAUCAUCUUGAUUUCAUUUUAGUCUAGAAACUAUGUUUUAUUUCUAAGUGGUCUAUUAACUUUUAGAUUCAUUUCAAUUUCGUCUACUUAGUCAAAGGUAACGGAUUGGAGAACAGUUAGUCCUCUAACUAUAUUUUUUUUAUCUUUUAGUCCUCAAAUUUAUAUUUAUUAUAAAAAUAACUUUUAUAC